CCGAUGUCUGCCCUCACUAAGCCUUGAGAACACUGACAUCUCUAACGAAGAGUUGCUGUCAUACCUAAAUUAAAUAGGCACACGACCGAUUUUAUUGAAAUUUCAAACAGUAAAAAAUUAUGUCCAGUUAUAUUGCCAGAAAAGGACCAGCCGUUUUCUCAAACUUGGGAAGAUGGGCCUACAACAUGUCCGGAUUUAACCAGUACGGCCUUCAUCGUGAUGAUUGUCUGUAUGAGAACGAAGACGUGAAGGAGGCCGUGCGUCGAUUGCCUCGCAAGCUGUAUGAUGAGCGCAAUUACCGCAUCAUGCGUGCCCUGCAUCUGUCUAUGACCAAGACGAUCCUACCGAAGGAGCAGUGGACCAAGUAUGAAGAUGAUGUUAAGUACCUGGAGCCCUAUCUUAACGAGGUGGUAAAGGAACGCGAGGAGCGGGAAGACUGGAACAAAAACCAUUAAAUUUGGCACUAGCUGGACUUGUAAAUGUAAAAAUACAGAGUAGAUUAAACCUAUUUACAGUCAA